AUGAACUCGACUCCUGCAUUGUCAAGGGCAUACGAAUGGUGCUUCCAAGCCCAGAAGUACUCGAACCUCGGACACAAAGUCCACGAAUGGUUUAAACUUGGUCUCUGUGAUGGCUUUGAAGUGCGCCGGGCUCGAGAAUCAGAGCUUAUAAAUAAGUACAAAAGCCAGACUGCGUUGCCUCCUGUCAAGGGCGAAGAAUGCGAGAAUCUUGUCGCAAACUUUCUCAGAAGCAUCAAAGAGUCUGUGGACAGCUUCUUUGGUCUCAACGCAAAUAAGAAACUGAAAAAUUUCCCCAGAGACUAUAUCAUCACCGUUCCAGCUCUGUGGGAUCAUGCUGUGCAAGAUAAGACACUACGUUGCGCUGAGAGAGCUGGUAUGGGUGACGGUAGCCAGCUCCAGGUCACCUCGGAGCCAGAGGCUGCAUGUCUCUAUGCAACCCAGACGAUGGUUCGGUUGGACGAAAACGAAACAUAUGUAAUUUGUGAUGCUGAUGGAGGCACAGUCGAUGUUGCUUCUUACACUGUCAAGUUCUUGCCAACGGAGCCCCUAUGUCGCAAGCUUGAAAUGGCGGCAACACCGUCAGGCGGACUCUAUGGCAGCAUUUUUUUGAACAGGAUAUUUGAAAAAUAUCUCCAAGAAAAGUUUGCGGAUUAUCCUGGCUGGGAACCUUCAUUUAUAGAGGAAUCUUUGAGAAAAUUUGAGGAAGUCAUUAAGCCUGAAUUCACGGGCGAAAAUGUAGAGGAUGCAUCAGUUUGGAUUGAAGGCCUGGUUCCCAGCAGGCGCCAUGGUGUGAAGAAGAACCUUUUUACUUUCACGACAGCAGAAUUGCGUGAGAAUGUUUUUGACGAGGUUAUCACUAAAGUCCAGGGUCUUGUUCGUGACCAAAUUUCCCACACCAAGGGGAAGGUGAACUCAGUCAUUCUUGCUGGUAGAUUUGGGCGGAAUCUUUAUCUGAAGAAAAAGAUCGAAGAGACUGAUAAUGUCAUCAAAGAUGGGAUAAUAGUCGAACAGAUUGACAACAGCUGCACAGCAAUUGCACGCGAUGCCCUGGCCGCCGGAUUUGCUGGGAUGGGAAUUAUUGGACAUGAUGAUGGAAGCUUCAAUGUCAUCUCGACUAUGGUGUUGUCCCGGGUUGCAGGUAGGAAUUACGGCACAAAGGCCUACCAUGACUUUCGUGAAGGCAGAGAUCCAGAAAGUAGAAGGCAAGUAGAGAUUCGAGAGGAUGGGAAUAAGAUUAAGAUGAUCCAAUGGUUCACAAGAAAGGGCGCAAGCAUCCGGGAUGGAGAGCCAAUGUCGUUUGAAUUUCGGCAGCUGCGACGAGUUAGGCCUGGAAUCCCGGCGCACAAGGCAUGUAAACCAGUUAUUCACAUAUAUGCAUGUGAACAGGAGAUUCCAAUGAAAUACGAAGAUGAUGAGAAUGUCAGUGAACUUGUUAGUUUUCAACUGGACCUUCAUGGUCUCAAUAUCCCUACCAUACAGAUAGGAUCUACGGAAUUUCACCAGGCUACUUUCACUAUUAAGAUGUCUUUAAACUCUGCAAGUUUGUCUUUCUGCGGUGUGUACGUCAAAGGCACUCCGGAUGAAAAACGGUUCCCAGCGGAGCAAGUCCAGUUUCAGUGA